AUGGCUUCCACACGGCCCCCCGCGCCCCCCCUCCCCUCCUCCUCCUCCUCCUCCUCCUCGCCGGCGGCGGCGCCGGCGCACCUCCUCCUCCGGCGCGUCGCAGACUCCAGGUCCCUCCGGGAGGUCCACGCGCAGAUCCUCAAAUGCCCCACGCCUCCUCCUCCGCCAGUCCACAACCAGCUCGUCGCCCUCUACUCUCUCUUCGGCCACAUGGACUCCGCAGAGCGAGCCUUCCGCAGGAUCCCCCUCAGUGACUCCUCUUCCGAUUCCUCCUUCUCCUGGAACGCGAUGAUCAGGGGCUUCGCCUGCCAUGGCUUCCCGGAGGAGGCCCUCCGCUUCUACUCCCAGAUGCUGCUGCUAUCCCCGUCCUCGCCGGCGCCGGACAAGUUCACCUUCCCCUUCGUCCUCCGGGCGUGCGCCACCGUAGCGGCAGCAGAGGAGGCUUUGCAGGCCCACGGUCAGAUCCUCCGCCUUGGCCUCUCCUCCGAUGUCUACAUCUCCACGGCACUCGUCCAUCUGUACAUGAAGCUGGGGGAGAUGUGUAAGGCUCGCCGGAUCUUCGACGGAAUCGCCGCCAAGAGCACCGUCUCCUGGAACGCCCUGAUGGCCGGCUACGCCGGCAAUGGCGCCGACAUGGAAGCCCUCCGCUGCUUCGAGGCCAUGGUCGAAUCGGGCGCGGAGCUGGACUCCUCCACCCUCGUCUCCAUCGUGCCUUCCAUAUCUCGGAUCGGCGAUCUAGAACGAGGAAGAUCCGUGCACAGAUUGGCAGUCGAGAUGGAAAUCGAGUUGACGGAACCAGCCAAGAACUGCUUGAUUGACAUGUACGGCAAAUGCGGGGAUCUGGACGCCUCUCUGAGCAUCUUCACAGACCUCCCCGAUCAGAAGAAGAAGAAGAAGAGCGUCGUCUCCUGGAACGUCGCCAUCUCCGCCUGCGCCAUCAACGCGAACGCCGCCACCAAAGCUCUUGAGCUCUUCCGCGCCAUGCUGCGGCUCUCAGCAGGAGCUGCUGCACCGCCGCCCAACGCCGUCACCAUCGCCACCGUGCUCCCUCUCUGUGCAGACCUCGCCGACUUCCAUCUGGGGGCGGCCAUCCACGGGCUCUGCGUCAAGAAGGGACUCGACGACGCUGACGCCGUCGUGGGCACCGCUCUCCUGGACAUGUACGCCAAAUGCGGCUGCGCAGAGGACGCAAGAAGGAUCUUCGACGAAAUGCCGCACAGAACCGUCGUCUCCUGGAACGCCAUGAUCAGCGGGUACGGCCUCCAGGGGCAGGGCCGGGAGGCGCUGGAAACCUUCCAGCGAAUGCUUCUCGCCGGUGGCGGCGGCGGCGCCGCCCCGAACCAUAGCACCUUCAUCUCCCUCAUCUCUGCCUGCGGCCACGCGGGGAUGGUGGAGGAAGGGUUGAAGGUCUUCACUUCCAUGAGCAGAGACUUCGACCUUCUGCCGGAGACGAGGCACUACGCCGCCGUGGUGGACCUUCUAGCCCGCGCAGGAAGGGUGGAGGAGGCGUACGAGUUCAUCAUGGGGAUGCCCGUGGAGCCGGACGACGCCGUGUGGGGGGCUCUGCUCGGAGCCUGCAAGAUCCACCGGCGAGUUGAGCUGGGCGAGGCGGCGGCGAAGAAGGCCAUGGAGCUCAAGCCCGAUGAGGCAGGAUACCGCGUUCUUCUUGCCAACCUCUACGCCGCCGCCGGCAGAUGGGAAGAGGCGCAGAAUCUGAGGAAGACGAUGAAGAAGAAGGAAGCCGGUCGUAGCUCUAUACAGGGAGCUGGCCUCGUCCACUCCUUCCUCGCUGGAUAG